GCUGGUUCCUCCCAUUAACUAACCUGCUGUUUCCCUGCCGACGUUCUGCACUACCUUGUUGGAAACGUCCUGGCUGAAUGCUGUGCUGCUGACUCAACGCUGAAGGAACAGCUGGCGCAGCAGCAUGCUCGGUCUGAGCGCAUCAUUGGCUGCAUGAUUAAAAAAAACAGGCAUGUAUGUGAGAGAGAGGACAUCUGAACAUCCUCUGACUCCGGCUGCUUCACUCCAAGCUGCAACCUGAGACCUGCAGGCUCAUCUGGAUCUGUUCUGUUGGAGCGGAGCUGCAGAGACAUGAACCAGAGCGCAGGAGCGGUGCAGCACACCCGGAGGUUCUCCAUGGAUGAAAAGGACAUCGGACCUAUUGGGCCAGACAGGAACUGGAAGGGUAUUGGCAUCUCGCUGCUGGUCAUUGUGGUCGUGCUUUCUUUCAUUGGACUUUCCAUUGUUCUGCUUUCAAAAGGUAGUUCACGUAACCUGUCUGGCUCACCGCUGACCCUGGAUGACCUCUUUCAAAGUAACUUUCAAAUCCAUGAUCCGGGUGCAAAGUGGAUCAGCACAGAGGAAAUCAUCUUUCGAAGCUGGGAUGGAGAUGUUUUCAAAGCCAACGUGUACAGCAACGAGACCGAACUGCUGCUCAAAAACACAAUCUUCGCAACGUUUAAGGCAACAAAGUUUGCAGUUUCUCCCGACAAGAACUUUGUUCUCCUGGGAUAUGAUGUCCAACAGGUCUACAAACAUUCGUUCCUGGCAUCAUAUCUGAUCUACAACCUGUUCACGAGAGAGGUGCGGGAGCUCAACCCUCCGGAGGUGUCCGACUCUGUCCUCCAGUUUGCCUCAUGGGGCGUUCAGGGCCAGCAGUUGAUGUACAUAUUUGAAAAUAACAUCUACUACCAAACACACACUCAGAGUAGCUCCUGGAGGCUGACCUCGUCUGGACAGGACGGCGUUGUCUUCAACGGAAUUGCUGAUUGGCUAUAUGAGGAGGAGGUGUUGAACUCUCAGGUGGCCCACUGGUGGUCCCCUGAUGGCUCCAGGCUGGCCUACCUCACCAUCAACGACUCCUUGGUCCCUGCCAUGCUUCUGCCUCGUUUUACUGGCUCUCUCUACCCCAGAGGGACAGAGUACCGCUACCCAAAGAUGGGACAGAUCAAUCCGAGCGUCCGCCUCCAUGUCGUGUCUCUAGACGGCAACUCCUUCACCAUCCAACUCAGGCCUCCUGACAGUCUGGAGACGAGCGAUUUCUACAUCACCAUGGUUAAAUGGGUGACCCGGCAGAAUCUGAGUGUCCGUUGGGUCAAUCGAGCUCAAAACAUGUCGAUUCUUUCACUGUGUGACACCACCUCAGGCGACUGCAUGAAGAAACAUGUGAUGACAUCAGAGGCUUGGCUGGACCGCCAGAACGAGGAGCCGCUGUUUUCUAGGGACUGCACCACAUUCUUCAUCAGCGCGGCCCUAAAGGACGGCAGCCGUGGAGCCUUCAGCCACAUCACCAUGAUCUCCAACCAGUCUGACGGUGAGCAGGUCAGUGUCCAACAGCUGACUUCUGGAAACUGGGAAGUCUCUCAGGUUCUGACCUACGAUGAGACCACCAGAUCAGUUUAUUUCCUGAGUACAGAGGAAGGGACAGCUCAGCAGCACCUGUACAGGCUCUCAGUGGUGAAUCCUUUCCAUAAAGAAUGCCUGAGCUGCUCUCUUUUCAAACCUAACUGCAGCUACUACGAUGCCGUGCUCAGUCCAGACCAUCGACAUGUUCUCCUCAACUGCAGAGGACCAGGAACACCUCAGACCACUCUCCACAGGGUGGAGGACAUGAACAGAUAUAUGACUCUGGAAAGAAAUGCAGAGUUGAGGCGAGCUCUGAUAAACAGGAUCAUACCAAGGAGGGACAGGAGAACUGUGCAAAUAAACAACUCAGGACUUCGCCUGGAGCUGAUCGUUCCCAUAGACCUGGAUGAAACAAUGGAGCACCCACUUUUACUCCUCCUAGACAGCGCCCCUGGUGGCCAGGCUGUGACUGACCGUUUCUCUCUCGGCUGGGAAUCUGUGCUGGUCAGUUCUGACGGAGUCAUUGUAGCCCGUCUGGACGGGAGGGGCAGCAGCUUCCAGGGUCAGAAGAUCCUGCAAGCGGUCCACCAGAACCUGGGGACCGUUGAUGUUCAGGACCAGAUCACAGUGCUGCAGCACCUUAUUAAGCUUCCUUACAUUGACGGUACCAGAGUUGGUGUUUAUGGAAAGGCAUAUGGAGGAUUUUUGUCCUCCCUCCUGCUCCUGUCUCACAGCUCAGUGAUAAAAUGUGGCGUCGCCAUGGCUCCAGUUACAAACUGGAGACUUUAUGGAUCUGCCGGCUCUGAGAAGUACUUUGGCUUUCCUGUGAAAGAGGAUCACAGCUACAAGAUUUCCAGCCUGCUGAGGGACCUCACAGGUCCGAGUCCACAGAACUUUCUGAUUGUCCACGGCACAGCAGAUGCCACCGUUCACUUCCAGCAUUCUGCAGAGUUGGUCCAGCUGCUUGUAGCAUUAAAUGUUAACUACACACUUCAGAUUUUCCCAGACGAAGGACACAAUAUCAUCAGUAUAAAGAGUCAGAGCUUCAUGCUGAACUCGGUGCUGAGCUUCUUCAGGCGCUGCUUUGAGGAACAGACAGUCGUUGUCAUGGAGACGUCUAAAGAAGAUGACUGAGGUUAAAUCCUCGAAGGAGAUGGUGUUCAUGUUCUGUAGCAAAGCCAAUCUCCUGAAGGGCUCCUCUCCGUACUUCACCUCAGUCAUCUCACACUAACACCCCUACAGGAUGGAAGAUUAGUGCUAUAAGCUCAGAAGGAAUAACAGAACGUGAAAAAAUUUACUUUUUAUCAACUUGUUGCAGAUUGCUCACAGAAUAAUCUCUGCAAACGAGACAAAAUCCACUGAUUUCACUGAAACUAGAGGCCAUCACCACCAUACAGCUCCUGCAGGUGCCUUUUACUUCAUUAUAGUUAUUGGUCAUUAUUGUUGGAAUAUGGAGCUUCAGAAUAUUUUAAAACUGUUACAUGUUAAUAGCCAUAAGAGCAUAUAGAGCACUAUGGGUCAGAGGUCACUGUGGGUUUCAGUUGGAAAAGAUCGAGAAGGUCAGAGAAGAGGAAAUUUUGUUUUAGCUUCAUAGAACAAGGCUUUUAUUUCAAAUGUAGAGAUCAGUUCUUUUCUGACCAAAAACGAUCUCCAGUUUUGCUGCUUCAGAUUUUAUUUCCCUCUAAACAAUAAAACUCAUAAAGACAAAAAAUGUGUUGCAAAAAAUGGAGGAAUUACAAAAUUAUUCCUGUUUGUGGAUCAAACUGUCUGUCCUAAACCUUCAUCUAAUUUCUAUGGAACCUGAAAAAGGUCAGUUGUGUUGGCUGAUGUGUUUAUGGACCAAUAAUGGUGGGAAUUCUUAGCUUUGAUGCAUUUAAUAUGUUAAAAACAAAUCUAACUUUUAUUUCACCAAUCUGAACCACUCAGGUUGAAAUUCCAUCUCUGGCUGACGUAUCAGUGCAUCUUUGGUCUAAUUGUCAAAUCACAGAUGGUCAGACUUCAAGACAUUUUAUGAAAUGGGACAAUGUCUCUCUGACUGGCCUGGGAACGCCUUGGGCUUCCCCCAGAGGAGCUGGAGGAGGUGUCAGGGCUGGGAAGAGGGGCGACAUCUGGGGGUCUCUGCUGAGACUGAUGCCCCUGUGACCUGGCCCAAUAUAAGCGGUAGAUUCUAAGUGCUCAUCUGUGUUUUAAGCAUGUACACUAUAUAGCCCAAAGUACUGGGUCCCACCAUCAAAUCACUUCCAUGGCUCCAGGUGUGCAGAACCUUGACUGGCCUGCUCACAGUCAUGACCAUUACCUUCUUGAGCACCUUUGGGAUGAAUUAGAGUGGAGGCUUAAGUUCUGGUUCUGAUCUAACUAUGAACAUACUCUUAAACCUUAGAGGAUGUAAAGUUACUGUUGCUGAGAACAGUGGGUCCAUCAACAAACUGGACCUUACUGAUUAAGAACAGGAUGUCAUCAAAGUCCGUGUAGAGUAGAUGGACAAAAACUUUGGGCAAUAAAGUGUCUUUAAAGUCCUGUAAUGUGAAAAAACAUAAUGAAAGAUGGAAGUUGUAAUUUAAGCUAGUUUUUCUGUGCCAAAUGUCCAACUCAUACGCAGUCUUUUGUUGAGAAGAUGAUCAAUAUCUUGGAUCAUGGUUCUGUGCUGAAUCACAUCCCAACUACGUACUCGGUCAUCUAAAUGUUAAAUUGUAAAAUAGUCAUGGCCAGAGGUUCUGGCACUGACAUUUUAUUUUUUUUAAAACUAUUAUUCGUGUAUUUCUGCACGAAAUCAUCAGGUACGUUCAUAUCAGAACAAUCAGGUCAUCAGCACAGGUGAAGCUGUGAAAGAGUCCUGCUGAAAUCACUCCGUCAGCAGAACAACGCAGUAUCAGACCAGCAGAUGUUCUGAAAUCAUUGUGUUCUGUCAGCAGUUUUUGCCUCCAAAGAAAAGCUGCAGCAAUUCGGUUUAUAUAGCACCAAUUCAUGUCGUCUCAAGGCACUUUACAGAGAGGCAGCAGCAUUAGUCUGCAUCAAAACAGCAGGAAACUGCUGCUGAGAACAUCACAGACAUUUCUGUAUCAUCAAGAACUUCAGGAUUAGAGCUUCAGCUGCAGAGAAGAAGGUUGACAUCCAAGAGAAUUAAGCCAUCUCUGUUGGAGCAUGCUGCCACCAGUGCAGAGCUUGCUCAAGAUUGACAGUAGGUGCAUGACAAGAAGGGCAGCAUAGAAACCACCAUCCAGCUCAGAUAGAAAACUGGAGGAAGUAUAAAGAUGGACCAGUGCGAAAAUAUUCUCUGAUAAAUCCUCUGGGCUGCAGUCAGUCACACUGUUGCCUUGCAGCUAGAAGGUCCUGGGUACAAAUCCCAAACAAACUGAGUUCAAAUAAGAAGAGCAAGAUGGAUCAUCAUUAGUCGAGAUUCGGUUCAGAAGGUGAUAUUCAGCAAGUCUGAGAGAAUAACUGAACUUAGAGGAAGAUGAACAUUGGAGAUAUUCACUGUUUGCAUGAAGUUGAUGUAUCUGGUAACUUCUGAAAUGAUUUAGCUAAAUACCUGAACAUUAGUGUCCCUGUCAGAACUUUCCUCCAUGGACGUACUUCCUCCAUUUGUUAGCUUGUUUUGAAAACUGAAAUAAACCAUAAAAGUGGGAAUGA